CAGGUAUUUACGGACGGCCAGAAGCGCUGGAAUGCCAAGCAGCGGCUCCGAACCACCGAGCGCCUGAAUCUUGACAACCUAGAUGAGGCCGGCGAGACUCAGCUCAGCCGCCUACUACACAUCCUACGCACCAAGAAGAAGAUCGUCGUCAUCGCGGGAGCAGGCAUCUCCAUUUCGGCUGGAAUUCCUGAGUUCCGAUCCAGCGAGGGACUGUUCAAGACAUUCAAGACAAAGUAUAAUAUAAAGGGUAGUGGCUCAGCUCUCUUUAAUGCCUCGGUGUACAAUGAUAACAAAUCUACGGCUACUUUCCACAAUAUGCUCUGUAAUCUAUCAAUCUUAACGAAGGACGCCAAGCCCACUCCUUUUCACAACAUGCUAGCUACAAUUGCGAACGAGGGCCGCCUUCUACGCUUAUACACCCAAAAUAUCAACUGCCUGGAAACCUCUCUUUCGUCCCUAGCAACGAAACUGCCUCUGCCUAUAGAGGCCCCCUGGCCAGUAGCCAUCCACGUCCACGGCGGACUAGAGAAGAUGUAUUGUACAAAGUGGAUGCAUAUCUCGCAUUUCAAGGCAGAUCUCUUCCAAGGACCCGAACCCUCUUUGUGCAAAUUAUGCGCGAAGCAGGACGAUGUGCGCACAAGAGUCCAAGGGAAGCGGAGCCACGGUAUUGGACGGCUGAGGCCGAGAAUAGUCCUCUACGACGAGCCUGGCCCCAGCCCCGAUGAGGAAGCUGUCGGAAACGUCUCGGAGGCCGACUUGAAGGAGGUACCGGAUGCUGUUCUUGUCGUUGGUACGAGCCUCAGGAUCCUAAGCAUGAAACGAAUCGCUCGAUGUUUUUGCUUGGCAACGCGGUCCACGCCCGAUGGGUUCACUGCUUGGAUCAACCCGGAUCCUGAACCUCAGAAUCGUGACCUUAAGGAUCUUUGGGACCUGGUUGUUUGCGGCAAGUCGGACGUUGUUGCCAACCUCUUCGGACUUCCUUCUCAGUCGAUGGAAGAC